UUCAAACGAAGAAAAAAGACUUUUUAAAAACUCAAAUAGAAUCUGAAUAACACAUACAUAAAAAAAAAAAACAAGUCAAUGUGCUGAGAGACCAAUAUCUCACAAAUUCGCCUAAAACUUUGACUUGAGGAAAGGAUUUUAAGUGAGAACACAAAGGGACACAACUGACCGAGGCUCCACUCCAGUUCUGGACAUCUCCAGCGAUGUUUGACAAGCAACACUACGACAGCCCGCCAGUCUACAGCCCACCUUUCUCUGCUCCGUCCAACAAUGGCUUCGGUCCUGUUGGCAGCUUCCAAGGCCCUCAGAGUGAUUACAACGCAUACCCACCGCCGCCGGGGUCUUACUACAUCGAAGACAGGCCUCAGCACUUCUACAAAUGGCAGUCCCCCCCUGGGAUCAUCAAGAUUAUGAUGGCCACGGUCAUUGUGUUGUGUCUGGCCAUAUUUGCCUGCGUUGCUUCAACACUUAUGUGGGAAUACCAGUAUGGAUAUGGAGCGGGAGGGGGUUACUACGGCUCUGGAAUGGGCUACGGCAGCAGCUAUGGGGGAAGCUAUGGCUCAGGUUAUGGUGGAGGUUAUGGGGGCUAUGGAAACUACUAUGGCUCCAAUGUUUCGCCUUACUCGGCCAAAACUGCCAUGAUCGCCAUGGCGGCGAUUAACUUUGUUGGAUGUUUAUCGUUCUUCAUCGCCAGCUUCUCUAAAUCCAGUGUCGUCCGCAGCCGGAAGUUCUUCCUGGCCGUCCUCAUAACCAGCGUUCUCUUAGGUGUCCUGCAGGGUAUCAUGACCAUUGUCUACAUCGUGGGAGUAAACCCCAUGGCCCAGAGCUCUUCCAACAUGUUGUAUAAUCCGAUGCUCAUGAUGUGUCAGAGCCUCUAUCAGAACAGCUACUCACAGAUGGGAGGACUGGGAGGCUUUCCUGUGUACAACCAGUACCUGUACCACUACUGUUUUGUUGACCCACAGGAGGGAGUAGCCAUGGUUUGUGGAUUCCUGGUGGUCAUCGCUUUGGGCGUUGCUGCUUUCUUUGCUCAGAAAACAAGAGGGAAGAUCUGGCGCUAUGGAAAACCAAACAUCUACUGGGAAGAGCCUCUCGUUGGUGGGAGGGCAUCGGAAGGCAGAGAUGUAGAGGAAUGGGUGAACAAUGUGGAGGAAAGCCGCAGCAUUCAGGAUGCCGCGACACUGCUGGUGUCCGAGAAAGGAGGCGGGCUGCUCAACGCCUCAUCCGACAGCGUCUCCUCCUACCCCCCGGCCAAGGUGGACAUUGGCUCUUACAAUGAGGAUGAUAACCAAUACUCAGAGAAAAUAACCAGCCGGCCAUCUGAAGGGUUUUCCUACGGUGGCAGAAUCAGCUCCAGCCCGUCAGAGGAGACAGGAGGCCGCAGACCCUCUGCUAACCGGGGCAAGAGACGCAGACGAAACCCAGAAAUGGACGAGUCCCAGUAUGAGACAGAAUACACAACAGGAGGAGAAACAGGCAAUGAACUUGAUGAAGAACUGGAGAGUGUUUACCCCGAAAUAACCACGGAUUCUCAGAGAAACAGAUACAAGAGAGAGUUUGACGCAGACCUGCGGGAAUACAAGCGCCUAUGUGCCGAGAUGGACGACAUCAAUGAUCAGCUGAACAAACUAAGCCGGCAGCUUGACACAAUUGAUGAGGGCUCUGCUAAAUACCAGGCUGUUGCAGAGGAAUAUAAUCAGCUGAAGGAUCUGAAGCAGACAUCAGAUUUUAAGUCUAAGAAGAAGGAGUGCCGCAGACUAAGACACAAGCUGUUUCACAUCAAGCGAAUGGUGAAGGACUACGACAAGAACCACUGAAGCGGUCAACUCUGUUCCAUCUCUCCGCGCAUCAAAAACCUCUCAGACGUUGGUCAAGAUACACUCCAUAAACACUUCAGAGAAAGUAGCAUGCUGAGGUCAAAGCUACAGCAAACACAGGCACAUGCAGACCUAUGCUGCAGCCAAACAAUGUACAGGGAAACACAUACGGUAAAAUUAAUGAUCAAGAGUUGUUUACUUUCAUUUUCUGAUCGCUAAUUUAUCUUUUCACCAAAGCAGAGGCAAUGUUGACAGUUGUAGCAUCUCCUGAUAAAAACAUUUCUCAGUGUUUGCACUGUGGAGACCACCGACUGCUGGGUGAAAAGGGUCAUUUCAAGCUUAUCUGCUAACGGGGAUUGCUUUGCAGAAAACAUGCAGCUCUGUUAAUAUUUGUUGUGACCUUGUUGCAAAUGUGCUUUAGUUAAGCUUUUUCUUUCACACAAGUGUCAGUAUUUGCAGCCACUUUAACCAUCAGAGAGCUGCCAAUCUGUGGGAACAUUGUACUGUUUUUGUUCUUUUUUUUGACUACUCUUAGGUUUUUAUUGACUCUCAAAUGUGAUGAAACCAAAAAGCGGAUAAACUGCCCAGUGUGAUAAACUCUAAUGUACUGUACAUGCUUUAAAGGACUCAACUUUAUACCAGGUAUCAAGAACAGACUGAUACUACAUCCAUUAUAUCAGUAAAUAUAAUUGUGGAGCAUUAUUAUACAUAAAAGAUGUGACUUUUUAAUCAUUUAAAAUCUGGUUGGUAAAAAAAAAAAAUCUAACUGGUUUUAUAUUGUCUAUCAUGAGCUUCAAUAUAACCUUGCCCAAUGAUGUUCAUUUCAAUCUGCUGUAAUGUUAUUUUUCAGUUAAAUGCAAAAAGAUCUGCUGUAAAU